AGGACUCCAGGGAUCCGUCACCUGGAGACUCCGCCUCCCUAUUUCUCCCCGGCUGCCAGCGACUGAACUGACCUGAGCGUUUGCGGGCUGCUGGGCAGGCGGUUGCGCUCAGAUUCCAAAUGAAAAUGUUUGGGAACAUUGACUCUACAACUACAAGAUCUGGCCCGGAUCUUUGGGCCGAAAUCUGUUCCUGUCUGCCACAUCCUGACCAAGAGGAUAGUGCCAGCAAUGCUUUCUCAGACUCCUUUAUGGAUUCUUACCCUGCAGGCACAAGCCAGAGGGAGGCCGCCCCAGACUUUGCUGUACAGCCAGCUGUAAAGCCUUGGGCUCCCCUGCAGGAUUCAGAAGUGUAUUUAGCAUCUCUAGAGAAGAAACUGAGAAGAAUCAAAGGUUUACAUCAGGAAGUGACUUCCAAGGACAUGCUUCGAACCCUGGCCCAAGCAAAGAAGGAGUGCUGGGAUCGGUUCCUCCAGGAGAAGUUAGCAUCAGAAUUCUUUGUGGAUGGACUUGAUUCUGAUGAGAGCACCUUGGAACAUUUCAAGAGGUGGCUCCAGCCAGAUAAAGUAGCCAUCAGUUCGGAGGAGGUCCAGUAUCUGAUUCCUCCAGAGUCGCAGGUUGAGAAGCCAGCACCCGGGGACGAGCCAGCAGGAGUGGAACAAUAAAUUACACACACACAGGCCCAGCAGCUGUCUUGGGUCCGGAGGGAGCAGCAGAGAGCUCGGCAGCGGCAGCAGCAAGGAGAAAUCUAGGGAGGGGAAAAAGCCCAGCCUUCCACUCCGCCAAGCAAGCAGCUGCGGGCCCCUGAGGACUUGCUGGGGGCUGGCACGUGUGACUGUCUUGGGUAAAGUGACUGACCCAGUGUGUGCUGCAUCAAAAUACCGCCUUCCUCUCUGUCUGACAGCUUGUCCGAGCUCUGUUGCUGCAGGUGAGGAGUCUGCUAAGAACCUAGUGAAGGACCAAGUGUGAAAGUAUUUGGAGAAACUGAUACCCUUGUGUAUAAUGUAUAAGUUAAGUGAGCCAUAUUUUUUCUCGCCUCUUCUGGAUGUUCCCGCCUGUGUUCCAAGCGUUCCCUUGGUAAAUUGUCAGGGAAGAGAGUGAAGUCUGCUUCCUUGAAUCCAAGACCCAUCUGAGGCUUCUCUAACAAGUCCAUAAUAAAUAUAGGGACUUUAGGAAAAAGA